AUGCCACUCCAAUUUAUUGACUUCGAUAACCCCGAGGAUUAUCAACCAGAAACAUUACCACACCCUCCUACUCAAGCUCAAAUAGAUGAUAUUCUUCGGCAUGCAAGGCCAGAAGCACUGCGUAUCUACAGUCAUAAUACCGGUGCUGAUGUAGGCUGCUGGCUCCGUCUAUGCUACACAAAUGAAGAGGGUCAUGAUGCUCUAUGGGCUGCCAAUAAAGACGCUGAAUGGGUUACUGAAGAGGGGGUUGUGCUUGACGAUGAAAGUAUCUUCAGUGGCCUGGAUUUGGCAGCUGCUCUGGAAAUAUUUCCUGAGCGUGUCGCAAAUGAGCCUGUGAAUUUUAAGUUCAGAGAGGAGAGUCUCAAGAUCGCGAAAAGGCAAGCCAAAAAUGGCGGCUGGGAUAAAGACCCUCUUGAGGCAUACGUUUUUUAUCAGGCAGACUCUGUUGUCGCCCAUAUGUUUGUGGAGGAUGAGGUUGCGGUGACUGGAGGGGGUUUGUUGCAUGUGUUUUUGGACGACUGUGGGAAUGUGGUCAGGCAAUGGCGGGUGGAGGAUGGAACGGAGAAUAUGUAUGACGGCGCUUGGUUUGAGCAUCUUUGGAGACUGGACUUUGAAGCUGAGAAAGGAGAACUCGGUCCUGCUUAUCGUGAGGGUGAAAGAGUUGUGGUCCCCCCAUACACUCUCAGGCUUUGA